AUGGUUAAGCAUAAAAUACUCAGAGAAGGGGAAUUAACUAUAUGGUCAAAUGAUUCAAGCUUGAACUCAAUAGACAAUGUUACAGUAUUAGCAAAUGAUUCCCGCUUAGCAUCUGCUUCUUCGGAGUACUGGUUACGUAGAGUACUUGAAUUAAACCACAGUGAAGGUAUUCACGAUUUAGGAUAUAUUAAAUGGGAUAUGGCAGGAUGUUUGUUUUUGGUUUACCUUAUAUGCUACUUCAGUUUAUGGAAAGGAAUAUCUACUUCAGGAAAAGUCGUUUGGUUUACUGCAUUGUUUCCAUACGUAGUAUUAAUUUUCUUACUCAUCAGAGGAAUCACUUUACCUGGUUCGGCACAAGGCGUUCGUUAUUACUUGUAUCCAAACUUUUCUAUGAUAGCUAAACCAGAGGUUUGGGUUGAUGCGGCUACACAAGUAUUUUUUUCACUAGGUCCUGGAUUUGGAGUGUUAUUAGCAUAUGCUUCGUAUAACAAAUAUCAUAACAAUGUUUUGAGAGAUGCAUACUUGGCGAUUAUGUGCAAUUCGAUCACGAGCUUUUUAUCCGGUUUCGUUAUUUUCACUGUCUUGGGUUAUAUGUCUCAUGUUUCUGGUCGACAAAUUCAACAUGUGGCAACCGAAGGACCGGGUUUAGUGUUUAUCGUUUAUCCUGCAGCCAUAGCAGCCAUGCCAGGAUCAGUGUUUUGGGCUUUGAUAUUCUUCAUGAUGCUGCUCAACUUAGGCCUYGACAGUUCGGUACGAUAA